GACACAGUCAAACAAAUUUGGCCUGUGAGAAUUAUAACCAUAUCAUUCUCUCUGUUCAUUUAUCAUCAUCCCUGAUUAAAAAGUUAUUGUUGUGGGCGUAAAAAUUCUUACUUUUAUUAUUUUGCGUCAUCCAAGAGGUGUUUUUAUUCUGCUUUCGUUCUCUGCGACACCGGUCCUCCUCAUUGUCGAAUCUCAGGAGAGUGUGUGUGUGUGUGUGUUUAAAAAGAAUUCAUUCAAAUCAUCAAUUUUUGUGGAUAUAAUAAUCAUAAUCGAUCGGACACAAUAAUAAUAAUAAUAAUCAUGAUGAUGAUGAUGUUAGAUCAUCAUUCCACGGAACAUCAUAAUGGUUUGGAUCCGAAAUCAGACCCAGCAGACAUUGGGAUAGUAGUUAAUGCUAAUAUGUUAUGUGAAUCUAGACGACCGAAUUCAAAUAUUCCUAAAGUAGUCAAUGGUGAUUUCACGCAUAGUACAUUUCAUGCAUCUUCUUCCUCAUCAUCAUCACCGCCAACUUAUGUAUAUCCAUUGGAUAGACAUUCUGCUCCAGCAUCAACAAAUAAAUCGAUUUCACGUCAACUGACACCAAAUGAUUCAUGUCAUGAUAGUACAUUACGUUUACAUGAAGAUCGUAAACUAUUUAUUGGUAUGUUGGGUAAACAUCAAACUGAAGAGGACAUAAAAAAUUUAUUUUCACCAUUUGGACUUAUUGAAGAAUGUACCAUUCUACGUGAUCAAAAUGGUUUGAGUAAAGGCUGCGCUUUUGUUAAAUACUCAUCGAGUACAGAAGCAGCGAAUGCUAUCGAUCAUAUGCAUAACAGUCAGACAAUGCAGGGUGCAUCUUCUCCAUUAGUUGUAAAAUUUGCCGAUACAGAGAAAGAACGUCAAGUUCGUAGACAACAUCAACAGAACACAACCAAUGGAUCAUGUUCUCCAGCAUCGGGACAUUCAACUAGUACAGGAUUAAUGACUAAUGGUCAUAUGAAUGGAUCCAUACAACAACAGUAUAAUCAACAACAACAACAGCAACAACAACACCAAUCUCUUCGUAAUCCAAUGAUGAGUAGUAACAAUAUGACCGAGGCGUCGAAUAUGGCUGCGGCGGCUGCAGCGGCCGCUGCUGCUGCUGCAGCAUUUCAACAAUCACUAAUUUCACCUAGUGUUGUUACACCGGGUUAUUUACAAUUUCCACCUGGUUUAAUUCCUACCGGUUCAUCAAAUCCUAGUCCUGUACCAAAUGGUUAUCCAAAUUCUGUCAGUCAGUUCGCUCAACAACAACAGCAACAACAACAAAAUCAAGCAGCAUCAGCUGCUAUUCAACAACAAGGAACCACAUCGGCUUAUUUCAAUCCAAUGGCAGCGUUUAUGGCAGCAGCAGCAGCAGCUGCAAUGCAAUACAACAAUAAUCCGUCACAAUUAUCAACUGGCAUCAAUUCAUUCACUGAGAAUGCAUCAACUCGUUCCAAUUCAAUUCCAUUACAAUUGAAUUCGAUUGUUAGUCAUCCGACUUUGGCUGUUGCCACUCAUCAUCAUCAUCAACAACAGCAUAAUCCACUUGCAGGAACUAAUCAUUCAUCGUUGUCCAAUACAACAGCGUUAGUGUCAUUGGCUGCUGGUUGUCCAGCGGCGACUAAUCCGUUACAAACGAAUUCUAUUCCUCAAUUAACAUCACUGUUCCCUUUGACCGAUGUUGCCCUCUUAUCUCCAGCCGCUUUAGCUGCUCUUACACAAGUUGGUACAGGUGGUGGUUUAUUAACAGAAGUUGGUGCAUCUGGCAAUAAUGAAUUUAAUAAUACAUUUGGCACUGGAUUAUUAGUUUCAGCUUCACCAUCCACAGUAUCACCGUCAAGUUUUGCCAGUAUGGGUAAUGGAACUACUGCUACUACUACUACUAAUCAAGGUCAACAGCAACAACACCAACCAGUUUCUAUCUCUUCAUCUACUGGCAAUGGUAGUAGUGUUUCUCUUGGUGCAACAGCCAAUCUGUUGAUCUCAUCACCCGGGAUGGUUACUCCAGCUGCUUCUACACCUCCAACUGUUAGUCCAGCUAUUUUACCCUCGUCAAUAACAAGUGAUCCUGCAAGUUUGUAUGCAGCUGCUAUUGCUUUACAGAAUUCAACUGCAGUUGGGCAUACGAAUGCCAGUGCACUGCAAUUUCCUCAGUUACAUCCAUCGUUCGCAGCAGCUGCUGCUGCCGCUGCAGCCGCGGCUGCAGCUCAAUCCAUUACACCGUCACCAGCAAACACAGCGUUAAAUUCAUAUUUGACAGAAAAUGCAGCACUACAAGCGGCAGCAUUAGCUUCUGCUGCUGCAGCUGCUUCUGGUCAAACAUUUACCAAUGAUCCGGUUGUUCAUCAACUCUAUGCUGGUCUUCAAGCUUAUGGUUUAGCUUAUCCUACAGCAGGAACAGCAGCAUAUACAACUUUUCCUAAUUUACAUCAUCAAGCAUUAUCAAUGCCUGUUCAACAGAAAGAAGGUACUAGAGAAUUGAUAUUGACAGGUCCAGAAGGUUGUAAUUUGUUCAUUUAUCAUUUACCACAAGAAUUUGGCGAUAAUGAAUUAGCUCAAAUGUUUAUGCCAUUCGGUACAGUGAUCAGUGCUAAAGUUUAUGUUGAUCGAGCUACUAAUCAAAGUAAAUGUUUCGGUUUUGUCAGUUUUGAUAAUCAUACAAGCGCUCAAAAUGCAAUACAAGCAAUGAAUGGUUUUCAAAUCGGUAUGAAACGUUUGAAAGUUCAAUUGAAACGUCCUAAAGGCGGUAACACGUCAUCGACCUCAUCAUCGUCCAAUACGAAAUCGUCGUGUGAUACUACUACUACUGCUACCACUGCUACUACUACACAUACGCAUACUGGUGGUGGAGGACAAGGACAAGACGCUGAUCUAAUUGUUCCUUCACAGGACUCCAUAUACUCUGAGAUAAUCGUAAACCCUACUGAAACAGUCUCGAUGGCUCCGGUACCUGCUUUAUGAAGGUGUGUACACUAAGUGUCGUUUGGUCUCUUCAUCGCUCUCUCCUCUCUUUUUCGUUUAUUCCUUCAAAAACUAUUAGCACCGACAAACAGUGCAGUACAGAUCAAAUAAACAAUGGCUUUUUUUCUUUUUUUUUCACACACUUUCUCCCUCCCCCCUUUCCAUCUUGCUGGUUAGUUAUCAUGUGUGUGUAUGAGAUGUGGGUGUGUUUGUGUGUAGUUCAAAUUUCUCUUUCCCGACAAUUGAAUUUUUCUUUGUUUUUCUAUCUACACCUCGUAAAAAGCAGAUACACACAUUUGUCUCUCUCUCU